AUGUUGCGUCGCACGCUCCCAUGCUGCGCCGCUGCGCCUCUCCGAUACGCUGCCUCCCCACUGUGUUUCCCGCGCUCAAGACGUGGUGUGGGCCCAGCCUUCAGCAGCAGCAACGGUCUCUUGCACAUGACGCGGGCGUACGCCACCACGACCCCGCCGUCGGCAGGCAAUCACGAUGACGCGGCUGACGAGGAUGCGCACAUGAUGGGUGACGGCGAUGUUGACGCUGCCGCCGCCCAUCGCCACCACGCCCCGACGCUUCGCAGUGCCCUGCCGCCGAGCGCCACGGAGCUGCCAGAGGAGUCGUUCCUUAAAUGCAUCGACAAGGAAAUCCUCGACGAGAAGAUGCGUCUGGACAGAGAGCACGGCCCGCCGCCGGUGCCGAUGGGGUGGACGAUGCAUCACGCGGAGGGCACCAGCUUCAUCUACGGACGUCGGCUGUGGAUGCCGCCGCCGCCAUCAUCCUCGUCGUCGUCGCCAAGCACGUGGAGUGGAGAGGCCGAGGCUCGGUGCGGCGACGCCAGAGACAGCUCUACCCAAGAGAGCAGAGAAGGAGAGCAGGAGCGGCAGGAGCGGGAAGUGAAGCCGGCCCCGGAGGCCAUGGAGCGGCACUUCUUGCGCAUCCAGCUCACCUCCCGUGAUGCCUCGCUCGACCCUGAGUGCGACGUGCGCGGCGAGCACUUCCCUUUCUCCUUCUUUGUUCAACGCGUUCUCCCUGAAGAAGGCGAGGAGGGGAGCGGUGCGGGGGUGACGAGCCGCAGCAGUGGCGAGCAGGGCGCCACCGCCGCCAACAGUCAGGACGCUCUCCAUGGGGAUUCGUUCGAGGAGCACACUUUCUACCACAACAGUAUCGAGGUUCGCUGUGACGUCGUUGAUGGGGAGCUGAUCGUCGACGGCGUGGUCUACCACGGCCCUCCUCCUCCCACGUCCCAUCCGCCGUCCUCGUCCGGUGCCCCACGGCCGCGGUACACGAACCCGUUCGGCGGCUACCCGGGGCCAAACCUGGAUGAGGCGGAAGAGGAGGUCCUCGAUGGCAUUCAGAGCUGGCUGGCCGAGCGCGGCGUCGACGACCAGCUCGGCGAAUUCGUUGGGCAGUACUCUAUAUGGGUGGAGCAGGCGGAGUACGAGCGGUGGCUGCAGCAGCUGCGCGACUACGUGGCGGCGUGA